CAAACACGCUGGGGGGUACCAGGGCAUAUAUAAGUAAAGCCUAAUCCCAUUCCUCCUUCUUUACAUCCCUCCCGCACGUCGUUCCCGACGUUCACCUCCCCUCCAAAAUGUCUGUUCAGAACGGCGACGCCGUUCAUGAAAACCAAUUUGCUACUCGUCCACUAGUGAUCUCCAUUGCAAACGUUAGAGUCUCCAUCCCUGUCUCCACCCAAAUAGACGAGUGGAUCGCUGCUGAAGUCCUUAGGGAUGACUUCAUUCUGUCUCAAGAACGCGUCGACGUAGAAAAUGUCGCUGAAAUUGAAAACCCAUUGCAAGCCAACGUAGACCUCUUCGCACGUUUCCUCGCUUUCAUUGCACAGAGGACUUCAGAUGCACCCAACAGCAUCAAGGCACGCACUUCUCUUCUUACUAGCGUGUUCAAGCAUUUCGUCUCCUCAUAUCUUACCGAUACCGACCUCUUUUCUUUCGUAAACCCAUUCGAUACCGAGGUCCGCACAAGAGUCUUGGCUGCUUUCUUUGCAGCACGUGCUACCCUAGAGAACCAUAAUGUUACCGAUAUUCCAGGACCCCCUACUUCCGCCCUCUUCACAGCUGCUGAGGACACCGAAGCAUCAAUAUAUGCGCUCUUUGGCGGUCAAGGGACCAACGAGGUCUACUUUGAUGAGCUCCAAGCGCUGUACGACACGUACAAACCCUAUGUUUCCCCCAUAAUCACGUCUAUCACCAACGAGAUUCUCCUCCCCCUCGUCGCAUCUCGCGAGGCUUGUAGCUUCUACAACUAUGGCAUGAAUGUUGCCGCAUGGCUCGCAGGCACGUCCCCUCGUCCCCCUGUCGAGUAUCUUGCCUCCAUCCCAGUAUCCCUUCCUUUGAUCGGUCUCACCCAGCUCGUGCAGUAUCUUGUCAUCUGUCGCGUCUCCGGAUUCACUCCCGGUGACCUCCGCGACCAUAUCGCUGGUGCAACUGGCCAUUCGCAGGGCGUUGUCUCUGCGAUUGCUAUUUCAGCAUCUACAUCAUUUGAAUCAUUUGACGUCAACGCCAAGAAAGCCCUCCGCUGGCUCUUCUUCUGUGGUAUGCGCGGGCAGGAAGCAUUCCCUGUGCUUGCCCUAGAACCAAGCAUCGUUCAAGACUGCGUCGAUGGAGGCGAGGGUGAGCCAACACCCAUGCUUUCCAUCACAAACCUACCCCUCGAGGCGCUGCAGCCCCAUCUGACCGCCACCAACAAUCAUCUACCCGCCAAUGCACAGAUCGCCGUCUCGCUGUUCAAUGGUCCCAGAAAUUUCGUCGUUACUGGUCCUCCUCGCUCCCUGUGCGGGCUUGUAACAAACUUGAGGAAGGUACGUGCAUCGCCUGGCCUUGACCAGAGCAAAGUUCCGUUUUCGCAGCGCAAACUCGCGUUUGGUGUGCGAUUCUUGGUCGUGAAUGCCCCGUACCACAGCGCACAUUUGAAAGGUGCUGCGGAGAAGUUGUGCGAUGAAGAUCUUGAAGGCGAGGAGCUUUGGUCCACGGAAGAAUUGGGUAUCCCAGUCUUCAACACCGAAGAUGGCUCUGACAUGCGUACUUCGGCGACAUCUAUCACGCGUUCAUUAUGCGACCAGAUCUUUACGUCCCCAAUUCACUGGACCCUCGCAACGGGUUUCCCUGAGACUGCAACGCACGUCAUCGACUUUGGUCCCGGUGGCCUAAAUGGCAUCGGGCCUCUCACAGCUCGUAAUCUUGAUGGCCGCGGCGUUCGCGUUAUCACGCUAGGCGACAAGGGUCGCGGUGAGGCCGAGGUAUUCGAUAUUGAAGACGUCAAGUACGAGGAGUGGUGGAGCAAGAAGUAUGCGCCGAAACUUGUGAAGACGAGCGAUGGUACCGUCCACCUCGACACGCCUUUCUCGCGCCUGCUCGGGAAGCCCCCGAUCAUGGUCGCUGGCAUGACGCCCACAACCGUGAAAGCGGGCUUCGUUUCUGCAGUUCUCUCUGCCGGGUAUCACAUCGAGCUCGCAGGUGGAGGUCACUACAACCCAGCAUCGCUACGUGCAAAGAUUGCCGAAAUUCAAGCACAAAUUCCUACAGGCGUCGGCAUCACGCUCAAUUCCCUCUACAUUAACCCCCGCCAAUUCGGAUUCCAGUUCCCCUUGUGGCAGGAAAUGCGCCGCGAAGGCUUGCCUGUCGAAGGUUUCUGUGUUGCUGCUGGCAUUCCCAGCACUGAGAAAGCAGCCGAGAUCAUCGAUGGCUUGAGGAAGGCUGGUAUUCGGCACGUAUCGUUCAAGCCGGGCUCCGUGGAUGGUAUCAGGCAGGUCGUGAACAUUGCAAAGGCCAACCCCGAUUUCCCUAUCAUUCUUCAAUGGACGGGUGGGCGUGCCGGUGGCCACCACUCUUACGAGGACUUCCAUAUGCCAGUUCUGAAAACCUACAGCUCCAUGCGUGCGCAGGAGAACUUGAUUCUUGUCGGCGGUUCUGGGUUCGGAGGUGCAGAUGAUGUGUGGCCAUACCUCACUGGUGAUUGGUCGAAGGACCUCUACGGUCAGCAGCUCAUGCCUUUCGACGGUUUCCUAUUCGCGUCGCGCGUGAUGGUGGCCAAGGAAGCGCACACGAGCUCGAGCGUCAAGGACCUCAUCGUUGCAGCGGCUGGUGUCGAUAACAAGCAAUGGGAGAACACAUACGUGAAGCCUACCGGCGGGAUUUUGACGGUGCGCUCAGAGUUGGGUGAGCCGAUCCAUAAGGUCGCAACCCGCGCUGUGAAGCUGUGGAAGGAGUUCGACGACAGCGUGUUCAAGCUCCCGAAGGAGAAGCGUGCCCCUUGGCUCGCUGAGCGCAAGGCGGAGAUCAUUGCCAAGUUGAACGCGGACUUCGCAAAGCCAUGGUUUGGCUGGAAGAAAGAUGGUAGCGUUGCUUUCGACCUCGGCGACAUGACCUACGAGGAGGUUGCCCUCCGCAUGGUUCGCUUGAUGUACGUCGCGCACCAGAGUCGAUGGAUUGAUUUGAGCUUGAGGAACUUGACGGGUGAUUGGUUGAGGCGCGUGGAAGAGAGGUUUGCAGGCGUCAAUGAAGGGUUGAAGCCGAGCGUGCUGCAGAGCUUCACCGAACUUGACGAUCCCAGCAUGUUUGUGGAGUCGUUUUUCGACAAGUAUCCCGCUGCGAAGACUCAGUUGCUCGCUGCUGAGGACCGCGCAUAUUUCCUCACGAUUUCUCAGCGCAUGGGCCAGAAGCCGGCGCCUUUCAUUCCGAUUUUGGACAGUAGCUUCGAGGUUUGGUUCAAGAAGGAUUCGCUUUGGGCUGCCGAGGAUAUCGAGGCGGUGUUUGAUCAGGACCCGCAGCGCGUGUGCAUUCUUCAAGGCCCCGUUGCCGUCAAGUACUCUACCGUCAAAGACGAGCCAAUCAAGGAUCUUCUGGGCAACAUCACUUCCCGCCUCGUUGAGAAGCUCCUCGAGCGAUCCUACGACGGAGACGUUUCGAAUGUCCCAACUGUUGACUACCUUGCUCCUGUCCCAGAAGAAGCUGAGACUCCCGAUGGUGUUGCGUACAAAGAGACUUCGAAGAGCGUGACCUAUACCGUUGGUGAUAUUAUCCCUGAUACGAAGGAGUGGUUGCAGGCGCUAUCCGGCUCAGAGCUGAGCUGGAUCAAGGCGUUGUUGACGUCCGAGACAAUCGUACAAGGCACUGCCUACAUUGACAAUCCGCUCCAACGUGCGCUUGCGCCGAGACGCGGGCAGAAGGUGGUCAUCGGCAUGGAGAAUGGUUCGCCAACCUCUCUGACCUUCUACGGUGCUGGUCGCUCGCAUGGCAUUCAUAAGCCUGACUUCAAGGCCGUUGAGAUCCACUACACCGCGUCUUCCGAGAGUAUCGACGUCACCUUCUACGAGGACAGGCGCGACGUAUCCGUGCCUCUCUCGCUGCAAUUCAAAUAUGUACCAUCCAUGGGCUCCAUGCCGAUUCACGAGGUCGCAGUCGGCCGCAAUCGUCGCAUCAAGGAGUUCUACUGGAAGCUGUGGUUCGGAGACGAGGAGGAACUGCCCGAUAUUGAUAUUCAUGAGACGUUCAUUGGCCCUGAGGUCACGAUUUCCGCCGAGGAUGUGGGGAUGUUCUGUGGUGUUGUUGGUAACCAGAAUGAAGCGUUCAAAGCAGCGCGCACGGAGACUGUCAAGGCUCCGAUGGACUUUGCAAUUGUGACUGGGUGGCAGGCGAUCAUGAAGGCAAUCUUCCCAGUGACCAUCGAUGGGGAUCUGCUGAAGUUGGUCCACCUUUCGAAUGGCUUCCGCCUCGUUCCUGGCGCGCAGCCCUUAGUCGCUGGUGACGUCUGCAUCGCUGACGCACACAUUUCAUCAGUCAAGAACACGGAUGCUGGCAAGGUCGUCAAAGUCAAGGGCAACGUUUUCCGCGACGGCAAGCCUGUUAUCGAGGUCGUCUCUUCCUUCAUCUACCGCGGCCGCUUUACCGACUUCGAGGACACAUUUGAGACUGUCCACGAGCCUGAUUACGUCGUGGAGAUUACCAAUGAUGCCGACGAGUGGUUGAGCUGGGAAGACGAGGCAACGCCUCUCAAGGCUGGAAUGACCCUUGUUUUCCGCGUGCAAUCGCAGGUCACAUUCAAGGACAAGGCCACCUACCGCGAUGUCACAGUCUCUGGUGACGUCUUCAUGCGCGAUCAGCUCAAGCGCUUGAAGAAGGUUGCCUCAGUCGAGUUCGAGCAGGAAGGAUGCCACGGCAACCCCGUCGUUGCACAUCUCGAGCGCCACGGCACCCAGGAAGGCCGUCUCACCCCCCUCGGCAAUGAGUACACCAUGACCAGCAAAGUCUCCACCACAUUCAAUUCUCCGCUUGCAAAUGAACCAUACUCGAAGGUCUCUGGCGAUUUCAAUCCCAUUCAUGUCAACCCUUACUUCUCAGACUAUGCAUCGCUCCCUGGAACCAUCACCCAUGGCAUGUGGUCUAGCGCUGCUACGCGCCGUUACGUUGAAAACAUUGUCGCGGAAGGCAAUCCCGACCGUGUCGUUGCAUAUGAUGUCUCUUUCGUCGGCAUGAUCUUGCCUGGCGAUGAGCUUAAGGUCAACAUUCGCCACGUUGGCAUGCGCGACGGCAACAUGGUCGUCAAGGUCGAAACGUUGAACCAACGCGAUGAGAAGGUCCUCGAGGGCACUGCAGAGGUUGCUCAGGCUACCACUGUCUACGUCUUCACCGGCCAGGGCUCGCAGGAGCCUGGUAUGGGAAUGGAUCUUUACAACAGCUCGUCUGCUGCUCGUGCAGUCUGGGAAGGAGCUGAUACGCACUUGCUCGCCGUGUACGGUUUCUCCAUCGUUGAGAUCGUGAAGGACAACCCGAAGGAGAAGACCAUCCACUUCGGUGGCAUCAAGGGUCAGGCAAUCCGUCAACGGUACAUGGACAUGACCUACGACACCAUGGACAAGGACGGAAACGUCAAGACUCUUCCUCUCUUCGCCGACAUCGACGUUCGCACCCCGAAAUACACCUUCAGCCAUCCCAAUGGUCUCCUUUUUGCUACUCAAUUCGCUCAGAUUGCACUCGUCGUCACCGAGAAAGCUGCAUUCGAAGAUAUGCGCGCCAAGGGCUUCGUCCAGAAGGACUGCGCGUUCGCCGGACACUCGCUUGGUGAAUAUUCCGCUCUCGCCUCCAUGGCCGAUGUCCUCCAUAUAUCCGCUCUUGUCGAUGUCGUUUUCUACCGUGGCAUCACCAUGCAGCGCGCCGUCGAGCGUGAUGCUCACAACCGCUCUAACUAUGCUAUGUGUGCUGUCAACCCCAGCCGUAUUUCGAAAACCUUCACCGACGCUGCACUUCGUGAGGUCGUUGACACCAUUGCUACGCGUACGACCACGUUGCUUGAAAUCGUGAACUACAACGUUGAGGGUCAACAAUACGUUUGCGCUGGAGAGCUCCUUGCUCUUCAGACGAUGACUAACGUCUUGAACUACUUGAAAGUCCAGAAGAUUGAUAUUCAGAAGCUGACUGAGCAGUUCACCGUCGAGAAGGUCAAGGAGAUGCUUGGGGACAUCGUGAUGGAAUGCUUCGAGCGCGCCAAGGAACAGCAACGAGCAGAGGGCUACAUCAAGCUUGAGCGUGGAUUUGCAACCAUUCCUCUGCCUGGUAUUGAUGUACCCUUCCACUCUCGUUACCUUUGGGCUGGUGUCAUGCCAUUCCGUGCAUACCUUUCGAAGAAGAUCAACCCUUCGCUUCUUAACCCUGACAUGCUGAUCGGAAAAUACAUCCCGAACUUGGUCGCGAAGCCCUUCGACAUCACGCGCGAGUACGCGCAGUUGAUCUAUGAUCAGACGUCUUCGCCCCGUCUCGACAAGAUUCUUAAGAAGUGGGAUCAGGACAGCUGGACCUCCCCUGAGCAGCGUCAGAAACUUGCAUACACUAUCCUCGUUGAACUCCUCUCAUAUCAGUUCGCAUCUCCUGUCCGAUGGAUUGAAACCCAGGACUUGUUGUUCACUCAGUAUCACUUCGAACGCUUCAUCGAGCUUGGUCCUUCGCCUACGCUUACUGGCAUGGCCACGCGCACUCUCAAGGCCAAGUACGAAGCACAAGAUGACGCCGUCAGCCGCAAGAGAAUCAUCCUCUGCCACGCAAAGAAUGUCCGCGAGAUCUACUACCAGUUCGAAGAUGAAGCUGUUGCGCCUCCAGCGACUGAAGCUCCUGCGGAGUCAACACCCGCCCCCGCAGCUCCUGUCGCUGCGCCUACGCCUGUCGCCUCCGCGCCUUCGGCUGGCCCCGCCACUUCCAUUGAAGAUGCCCCCAUCAAGGCCAAUGACAUCCUCAUGUCCAUCAUCGCGCAGAAGCUCAAAAAGAAGAUUGAGGAGGUUCCUGCUAGCAAAACCAUCAAGGACCUCGUUGGUGGCAAGUCGACUCUUCAGAACGAGAUUCUCGGUGACUUGCAACUUGAGUUCUCAUCUGCACCCGAGAAAGGUGAAGAACUGCCGUUGGAAGAGCUCGGUUCUGCUCUCGGCAUCGGUCACUCUGGUGCUCUCGGCAAGUACACUUCAGGCUUGGUGUCCCGCAUGAUCGGUGGCAAGAUGCCUGGUGGUUUCAACUCGUCUGCCAUCAAGACGCAUCUAGCGAAGACUUGGGGACUAGGAUCGUUACGCGCCGACGGCGUCCUUCUCCUUGGGACCACCAUGGAGCCUGCCAAACGUCUCUCUUCAGAGGCUGAGGGCAAGGCAUGGCUUGACACUGUCGUCGCCAUCUAUGCUCAGCGUUCUGGUAUCUCUCUCUCUAGCGGAGGUGCUGGAGGUGCCAGCGGUGGUUCUGGUGGUGGUGCGACUAUGAACAGCGAGGAGUUCUUGAAGUUCCGUACUGAGCAGGAGCAGUUUGCGGCUCAGCACGUUGAGUUGUACAUGCGCUAUCUUAACAAGGACUCUCGUUCCGGGGAGAUUGCGUUCGACAAGGAGAAAGCCAAUUCCGCUCAAUUGCAGGCUCGCUUGGACGCCAUCACAAAGGAGCACGGCGACGCAUACAUUGACGGUAUUCAACCUGCUUUCGACCCGCUCAAAGCUCGCCACUUCGAUUCCUCAUGGAACUGGGUGCGACAAGAUGCUCUCUUGAUGUACUAUGACAUUAUCCAUGGUCGCCUCACCACUGUCGACCGCGAGCUUACCGCCCGUUGCAUUGCUUUACUCAACCGCGCCGACCCCGAACUUCUCACUUACAUGCAGUAUAACAUCGACCGUUGCGACGCUAGCAAGGGUGACACCUACGCUCUUGCAAAGCAGUUUGGCCAACAGCUCAUCGACAAUACGAAGGAAGUCAUUGGCCACCCUCCCGUGUACAAGGAUGUGACGUUCCCCACUGCUCCUCAUACUGAAGUCACGGAGAAAGGUGACAUCGUCUACUCCGAAGUCGUCCGGGAGAACGUUCGCAAGUUGGAAGCCUACGUCGAGGAGAUGGCCAGUGGCGAUACUAUCUCCACUGUCAACAUCCAGAAGGUGCAAGACGAUGUUUUGAAACUGUGGACUGUCGUCAGAUCCCAGCCCGGCAUCAGUCAGGACCAGAAAAACCGCAUCAAGGCAUUGUACGAGGGAGUCGUUCGUUCCCUCAGAAAGGGCCCCGAGCAAUCACGCACUCGCACUCGUAGUCGUCGCUCAUCUUCUCAAUUCCUCCGUCCCCAAAUCUCAGCCGUCACCACCGUGUCCGCAGACAAGGUCCCUCUUCUCCACCUCAAACGCAAGGUGGGCAGCAACUGGGAGUACUCCAGCAACUUGACUGGCGUGUACCUCGACAUUCUUCACGAGAUUGCAACCUCGGGCACUACCUUUAAGGACAAGAAUGCUCUUCUCACUGGAGUCGGCAAGGGCUCCAUUGGUGUGGAGAUCCUGAAGGGUCUUCUGUCCGGCGGUGCACAUGUCGUCAUCACCACCUCUCGCUACAACCGGGCGACCGUCGAGUACUACCAAUCUAUUUACCAGAGCUUUGGUGCUCGAGGAUCGGCCCUGACUGUUGUUCCCUUCAACCAAGGUUCAAAGCAGGACGUUGAAGCGCUCGUCGACUACAUCUAUGCUACGCUCGGGCUCGAUCUCGACUACAUACUUCCCUUCGCUGCAGUGCCCGAGAAUGGACGCGAGAUUGACGGCCUGGAUGACAAGUCUGAGCUUGCCCACCGCAUUAUGUUGGUGAAUUUGCUGCGCAUCCUCGGUGCAGUCAAGAAUAAGAAGGCCUCUCGUCAUUUCGUCACCAGACCGACACAGGUCAUUCUUCCCCUCUCUCCUAAUCACGGUCUCUUCGGCAACGAUGGUCUCUAUUCAGAAUCCAAGAUAUCGCUAGAGACCUUGUUCAACCGCUGGAACUCUGAGAGCUGGGGCGAGUAUUUGUGCUUGGCUGGUGCUGUCAUUGGAUGGACCCGCGGCACAGGUCUCAUGGAUGCUACCAACAUUGUCGCAGAUGAAGUCGAGAGUCACGGUGUCCGCACCUUCUCGGCGAAGGAGAUGGCUUUCAAUAUACUCGGUCUGAUGCACCCAUUGCUCUUCAGUAUCACCCAGGUUGAGCCUAUCUGGGCUGACCUUAAUGGUGGGAUGGAUCGCCUCCCUGACCUCGCUGAUAUCACUAGCCGCAUCCGCAUGGAUUUGAAUAAGAAGAGCGAGCUUCGUCGUGCUAUUGCGCGCGAUAAUGCCCUUGACUUCAAGGUCAUCAAUGGGGCGGAGGGCGAACGGGUCCUGCAAACCGUCAAUGUGGUUCCGCGAGCAAACUUCAAAUUCGAAUUCCCUGCCCUGGAGACUACUUCGGCCUUGGAAGAUCUGAAGAAACUUCGUGGCAUUAUCGAUUUAGAGAAGGUUGUCGUCAUCACAGGAUUCGCCGAGGUCGGUCCUUGGGGUAGUUCGCGCACUCGUUGGGAAAUGGAGGCACGAGGAGAGUUCACGAUUGAGGGCUGUAUCGAGAUGGCCUGGCUCAUGGGUUACAUCAAGCACUUCGACGGACGUCUCAAGGAUGGUUCGCUGUACGUAGGCUGGGUUGAUUUGAAAACUGGCGAGCCUGUCGACGACAAAGAUGUCAGAAGUCGCUACGAGAAGGAAAUUCUGAGUCACGCUGGUGUGCGGUUGAUCGAGCCUGAGUUGUUCCGUGGCUAUGAUCCCAAGAAGAAGGUUUUCAACCAAGAGAUUGAGCUUAUUCACGACUUAGAACCGAUUGAGGUCGCACAAUCUGAGGCCGAGAAGUUCAAGUACGAGCAUGGCGAUAAAUGCGACAUCUGGACCGGAGAAGGUGAUCAGUGGUUCGUCAAAUUCAAGAAGGGUGCACGCGUCUUAGUCCCCAAGGCGUUCAAAUUCAGUCGCCUGGUAGCUGGUCAGAUCCCCACCGGUUGGGAUGCUGGUCGCUACGGUAUUCCACCGGAUAUCAUUGCUCAAACCGACCGCGCCACUCUCUGGGCCCUUGUUUGCACGGCCGAGGCUUUGAAUAUGUCUGGAAUCACGGAUCCCUACGAACUAUACAAGUACUUCCACCCCUCUGAAGUUGGCACUUGCGUAGGCAGCGGUAUGGGUGGCACGGAAAGUCUUGCACAAAUGUUCAAAGACCGUCGCGAGGAGAAAGAAGUUCAGAACGAUAUCUUGCAGGAGACUUUCAUCAACACUACUGCUGGAUGGAUUAACCUUCUUCUCAUGUCAUCUAGCGGCCCAGUGAAGAUUCCUGUUGGCGCUUGUGCGACUGCACUCCAAUCUCUCGAGAUUGCCUCUGACACACUAUUGUCUGGGAAGGCGAAAGUCAUGAUUGCUGGUGGCUUCGAUGACAUCAGCGAGGAAGGCUCUUACGAGUUCGCUAACAUGAAGGCCACGAGCAACGCCGAGACUGAGUUCGCCAUGGGGCGUGAGCCCACUGAGAUGUCCCGUCCCGCUACGACGACUCGCUCAGGCUUCAUGGAGUCGCAGGGGACUGGCAUACAUAUCAUUAUGACUGCAAAGACGGCUCUGGAGAUUGGUGCUCCUAUCCGUGGUAUCCUGGCGUUCACGUCGACUUCCACUGACAAGGCUGGACGAUCUAUUCCCGCUCCUGGUCGCGGUGCUCUUUCUGUCGCAAGAGAACUCCCCUCGAAGUUCCCCCUUCCUAGUCUCAGUCUUGACUACCGCUCUCGCCAGAUUGCCUUCAGACGCAAGCAGAUCUCCGAGUGGCUCGACCAUGAGCUCACUCAGUUGCGCGAGGAGAUGGACAUCCUCAAGGCUGAUGGCGGAGAUAUCGACAAUGACUACUUCUCAUCCCGUGUUGCAGACACUGAGAAGGAAGCUCGCCGUCAAGAGAAGGAGGCUUUGGCUACGUACGGCAUGCUGGAGGGUACUGAUCCUCGUGUGGCUCCUAUGCGGCGUGCACUCGCGGUGUGGGGUUUGACGGCAGAUGACGUCGGUGUUCUCUCGAUCCACGGAACAAGUACCGGUGCGAACGAGAAGAAUGAGACGCAAAUCUGGCACAACAUCUUCGAGUCCAUGUCACGCACCCACGGCAAUGCUGUUCCUGUCAUUGCUCAAAAGAGCUUGCUUGGACACUCGAAGGGUGGUUCAGCGGCGUGGCAGAUGGCUGGUUUGUUGCAGACUGUCAUCACUGGCAUUAUCCCAGGUAACCGCAACAGCGACAACAUCGAUGCUCGAUUUGAGGCUCAUCAUUUCCUUAUGUUCCCGUCGAGGCCUAUUCAUACCGACGGUAUCCGUGCUGGUGUUAUGUCAUCCUUCGGUUUCGGUCAAGUUGGUGGCACCGCAGUUGUUGUUCAUCCCCGGUAUCUCCUCGGUGCUCUUGAACCCUCCGAAUAUGAGUCAUACAAGAUACGCAACCAGUCUCGUGCGCAAGAGGCGUACAAGGUCAUGACAGAGAUGAUGACCUCCAACUCGCUGGUCAAGGUCAAGGAAGGCCCGCCAUACACUCCUGAAUUGGAGCAAGCAGUCCUCAUGAACCCAAUGGCUCGUGCUACCUUCGAUCCGAAGACUCGCAGCUACUCGUAUACUGCCAGCCUUGACAAGAACAUUCCGUUUGAUACUGCCAACGUCAAGGUUGUUGCAGAUGCCCUUGCAUCACAGGGAUCCGUAGCUGGAGUUGGUGUCGAUCAAGAGUUGAUCUCCUCCGUGCCGUCUUCUAACCCUACUUUCGUCGCACGUAACUUCACUGAGGCUGAGAUUGCCUACUGCCGUGCUCAACCGUCACCUCCAUCAUCUUUCGCGGCUCGAUGGGUAGGAAAGGAAGCAGUGUUCAAGUCGCUGGGUGUGUCAUCAAAGGGUGCUGCCGCUGCAAUGAAGGACAUCGAGAUCCUGCCCAACGAAUCUGGCGUUCCGACCGUAACUCUCCACGGCGAUGCAAAGGCUGCUGCACAUAGCAAGGGAAUCACUAACGUGUUGGUGUCCUUGAGUCAUUCUGAGACCAUUGCAAUCGCUUUCGCUCAAGCUUCAUCAUAGAAAAUCAUUCGUCUUGGACUCUCAUGACUGGCAUGUUCUCGAUAAUUCAAUACUUUACUCGUUCAGAAUGAAACCGAUAUCCGUUUGUUGUAACAUAGAGUAGACUGGUAACGUAAUAGAAUUCUUCGCUUUCAAG